CAGCCGGGAGAUGCCACGGUGGGCGCCUGGAAGCUACUUUUGCUGGGAACCGAAGGUCUGCAGUUCCAGCUGAUGAUGGCAGGGGAUUCUCGAGCCCACAUGGACCACGACAUGGAGAUAGGAGUAAUUCCCAGAGAGAUGAAGAAGCUCCCAAAGCACAUCAGAGAGGCCCAAAUCACCACUGAUCGCACUCGCCUGAUUCCAGAGACAGUGAAGAAGCCCAGACAGCGUUAUGUCCAGAAGGACGGCAAGUGCAACGUCCACCACGGCAACGUUCAGGAAACCUACCGUUAUUUCAGUGACCUCUUCACCACACUGGUAGACCUCAAGUGGCGUUUAAGUCUGCUCAUCUUUACCCUGGUCUACGUUAUUACCUGGCUGUUCUUUGGCCUUCUCUGGUGGAUCAUAGCUUAUCUCCGGGGCGACCUGGUCCAUGGAGAUGAGCAGGACUGGACACCCUGUGUGGAGAACCUCAAUAGUUUUGUGUCUGCCUUCCUCUUCUCCAUUGAGACAGAGACUACCAUUGGUUAUGGGUACCGGGUCAUUACCAACGACUGCCCGGAGGGCAUCAUACUGCUGCUGGUGCAGGCCAUCCUGGGCUCCAUUGUCAACGCCAUCAUGGUGGGCUGCAUGUUCGUCAAGAUCUCGCAGCCCAAGAAGCGAGCGGAGACCCUCAUGUUCUCCCACAAGGCCGUCAUCUCGGUGCGCGAUGACAAGCUGUGCCUCAUGUUCCGCGUCGGCGACCUACGCAACUCGCACAUCGUGGAGGCCUCCAUCCGAGCCAAGCUCAUCCGCUCCCAGCAGACCAAGGAGGGCGAGUUCAUCCCGCUCAACCAGACCGACAUCAACAUCGGCUUCGACACGGGGGACGACCGCCUCUUCCUGGUGUCCCCGCUCAUCAUCUCCCACGAGAUCAAUGAGAAGAGCCCCUUCUGGGAGUGGAGCCAGGCCCAGAUGGAGAAGGAGGAGUUUGAGAUCGUGGUCAUCCUGGAAGGCAUGGUGGAGGCCACAGGCAUGACCUGCCAGGCUCGGAGUUCUUACUUGGACACGGAAGUGUUGUGGGGAUACCGCUUUACCCCUGUGCUCUCCUUGGAGAAUGGCUUCUAUGAGGUGGAUUACAACAACUUCCAUGACAUCUAUGAGACAAGCACUCCCUCUUGCAGUGCAAAAGAGCUGGCCUCCAUGGUUCGAGAUGAGCUCCUAUUCCCCCAGCUCUCCUUCCACACCCAGACCCCCAAAGCCCACCUCCAGGACCUGCUUUCCACCCCUGAUCCCCAGCCGCAGGAGGAGGUCCACAGGGAGGAGGGAGGGGAAAAAGGAGGAACCAAUGGUUCAGCUGCCAGUCUCCCAGCUCAACCGUGA